GAGUGCGCUUGUAAACGAAAAAACAGCUCAGAAAAUAAUCAUAAACCACAGCUUUCAGAAACAAAAGAGCAUUGUGUUACAAGGAAACAGAUACACACUUACAAAUUUAAACUACUAAAUCAAAGCAUAGUUUGUUUUACAAACUUCUAAAAGAAAAAGUUAAAAUUUGAAACUUCAGCUCUCCAAUCAUGCUAGUGAUAAAUCAGCAGACCGAUUGUCUUUUGUGACUAUUUUGAUCCAUAUCUUGGGCAUUGGGGCUUGCACAUUACAUUUCAUUGUAAUAGUCCGACUCUAAUUGACAUUUAAACAAUUUCAUGUUGCAGGCUCAUCAUACUUCGAUUACUGUAGCAAGACAUUUGCUCAAAUUGCACCACACCAAGAUGUUGUCAUUGCAGCAGAAACCAGAAAAGAUGCCAUUGAAGAAAGGAACCGCGAAGGGGAAGACCAUAACACCACAUCCACAAUGUGCUAUAAUCCUCACAGCAAAAUAAAUGAGCUGACAACAGAAGUGGCUGCUGUAUCAGCACCACAAGAGGAGAUAAGCCGGGGCAUUGACCUGAAUAAAACGCCUCAACCAAAACCAAAAACAAGAAAGCACCGGCCCAAGGUCAUAAACGAAGGCCAACCAAAAAGAACAAUCAAGAAAGCCGCUGCAGAAACUGUUCAAUCUAAAAAAAACCGAGCUGACAAGAGGAAGCAAAGGAAAGGAUUGAACACAGCUUCUACUCCACAAACAGAAGGGAGAGGAGAUUGGACAUCGGGGCCUGCAUCAACCGCGAAGACAUGUAAUAGGUCCUUGAAUUUUGAAAAUACGCCCUUUGCCAAUGCCAGCAGCUCAAGCAAUUGGGUGGCUGAUCAUAAUGGACUUCAAGAGUGUCCAAAUAACUCCAUUGGCAGAGACGGUUGGGGCAAAGGAUGUGGAUUACAAGCUCUCGGUUCUAAGAGAAAACAACCUGGUAUUGAACAGGCAGAUAAUACCAGCAUUAAUCUGUUAGGAGCAGAACAUAAUGCUAUGCAGGCAUACUACCUGAACCUGAAGUAUGAGGUUCAAUUUCCAAAUGUUCAGAAGAAAAGGAGAAGCGUCAAGGGGAGAAUUUCCGAGGCACCACGUAAAUCUUGCUGGGCCUCUGGUUCAGAUUAUACUGCAGCUGGAGUCCCAGUCUUGAUUCAGGACAAACAUCCCCUUCAGUACGCCUUAUCCUUAGGGCAGAAGAGGCCGACCAAAAGCAGAUCAAGAGCUUCUACAAGAACUCAUGUUGAUCUAUCACAUACUGCAAAGCAAACAGGUACCUCUGCUAGACGAACAUUUGGUGAUGUAGAAGGGCCACAGACAUGCAUUGAUGCUUUAUUUGCAGAUAUAGGACCAUCACUACCAAAAAAGAAACGAACAGGAAAGAGAAGAAGUCCUGUCAAUUCUGCAUCCUCCUGCAAAAAUGAAAGACAAGCCUGUGUAGAAGAAUGGAAAAAAUGGAAAAAAAUUGUGGACGGUUUAACAGAGCAAUUUACGUUCCUAAACAUCAAUAGAGAAGCCCAAGUGCUUGAAGCCCAAGAGCUUGAGUCGCAUGGACAGCUUGUUCCUUAUAACCAGCCAAAUGGCACCAUCGUUCCCUACAAACCCAAAAAGCAGAGCGUACGACCUAAAGUUUAUCUUGAUGAGGAAACAGCUAAAGUUUGGACGCUUUUACUUGAGGAUAGUAAUAGUAGUGGGAUUGAUGGAAGUGAUGCAGAAAAGGCGAUAUGGUGGGAACAAGAACGAAAAGUGUUUCGGGGAAGGGCAGAGACAUUCAUUGCAAAGAUGCAUCGAGUACAAGGAGACAGGCGCUUUUCGAUGUGGAAGGGAUCUGUCGUGGAUUCUGUGGUUGGAGUAUUCCUCACUCAAAAUGUAUCAGACCACCUUUCGAGUUCUGCAUUCAUGGCACUUGCUUCUCGAUUUCCUCUGAAGUCAACGAGUACAUGCCACAAGGAGAGUACAUGCCACAAGGAGAGCAUGAGUUCGACAGACAAUGAACUACCAGUUUGCACCGUGCAUCCAGAAGGAAAUGGAAACCGAGGUAAUGAAUCAGACAGCAAAAUGUUUGAAUCAGUUGAAAGACAUAACAGUGAACAUAGCCCAGUGGAAAGUGUAAUGACUGAGGAAGGGUUACAUGACUUUUCAACUGAUCAAAAUCCUGAAAAGAUAGGAUCAUUCUCGGAUAGCAACUCAGAAAUAGAAGACCCGUUAAGCACUGCUCAGUUCAAUAUUUAUAAUAACAGGGCUUCAUUCCUAGAGCUUUUAGAAAUGGCAAGUUCAACCAAGUUGCCUGAAGUUAAUGGGCAAAGAAGCAAAGCAACCGAGAGCUUUACAAAAACAAGUGAUCAGCCCAUAGACCUGAACUAUGACAACCAGACAGGAAACUUGGAAAAAUCAGACGCUACUCCAUACACUUUAGAACCACCCAUGACCAGUCAAACUCAAGAAUCGAAGCAGAAAGAAAAGCAAAAAGACGUUGGUAGUCCCAACCAUGAAAAGAGGAAAGGAAAGGGUAAAAAGCAAUUAGCCUCAGAAAAGGGUAAGAAAAAAUCUGCCUCGGCGGAACCAAAAAGCAAAAAGAAAGAAGAGAAUAACUUUGAUUGGGAUAGUUUAAGAGUACAAGCACAAGCUCGGGCAGGGAAAAGAGAAAAGACAGAGAACACCAUGGACUCUGUGGACUGGGAUGCCGUGAGACGUGCUGACGUCAAAGAAAUAUCCAAAACAAUCAAAGAAAGGGGCAUGAACAACAUGCUUGCUGACCGUAUUCAGAGUUUCCUCAAUCGAUUGGUUGAUAAGCACGAGGGCAUCGAUCUUGAGUGGCUGAGAGACGUUCCACCUGACCAAGCAAAAAAGUUCUUGCUCAGCAUAAAGGGACUGGGAUUGAAAAGUGUGGAGUGUGUUAGACUCUUAACACUGCACCAUCUUGCAUUUCCGGUGGACACAAAUGUUGGACGCAUAGCGGUACGUUUGGGAUGGGUACCUCUCCAGCCGCUGCCAGAGUCACUACAGUUGCAUCUUCUAGAAUUGUACCCAGUGUUGGAUGCUGUACAAAAAUAUCUCUGGCCUCGACUCUGCAAGCUAGACCAAAGAACAUUGUAUGAGCUGCACUACCAGUUGAUCACAUUUGGAAAGGUUUUCUGUACUAAAAGCAAACCGAAUUGCAACGCAUGCCCGAUGAGAGGGGAAUGCAGACACUUUGCAAGCGCCUUUGCAAGUGCAAGACUUGCCCUGCCAGCACCAGAGGAGAACAGAAUGGUGGCCACAUCCGGAGACAAUGCAACCGAGGGGAAGCAAUCACAAGUUAUAAAUCAGAUGCCCUUGCUUCUCCCUGAAAAUCCAAUUGAAGAGGCACUUCAACAAAACCAAAUGAUCAUUCACCCUCUAGUUGAAGAACCAGCAAGUCCAAAGCCUGAACGUUCACAACCGUCACGAGUUGUUGAUAUAGAGGACGCCUUCAAAAAGGAUUCAUUUGAAAUUCCAAACAUAGAAGUAGACAUGGAAGUGUUCAAUUUGAGUCUACGAAACUAUGUGCAACAAAAUAUGGAACUUCAAAAAGGGGAAAUGUCAAAGGCCUUGGUUGCUUUAAAUCCGGAUGAGGCAUGCAUACCUACACCCAAACUGAAGAAUGUGAGCAGGUUGAGAACAGAGCAUUACGUUUAUGAACUACCCGACUCACAUCCUCUUCUGAAUGGGUGGGAAAUGCGAGAACCAGAUGAUCCAGGCAAAUACCUUCUAGCUAUAUGGACCCCAGGAGAGACAGCAGAUUCCAUACAGCCACCAGAAAUAAGAUGCAGCUCUCAGGACAGUGACCAGCUUUGUAAAGAAAAUGAAUGUUAUGCAUGUAACAGUCGCCGUGAAUCAAAUUCACAGAUAGUUCGAGGAACUAUCCUGAUACCAUGUCGAACAGCUAUGAAAGGGAGCUUUCCACUAAAUGGGACCUACUUUCAAGUCAAUGAGGUUUUCGCUGAUAAUGACUCGAGUAUAAACCCAGUUAGUGUUCCCCGCAGUUGGAUCUGGAACCUUGGUAGGAAAACGGUAUAUUUUGGGACCUCCGUGUCAGCGAUAUUUAAAGGUUUAUCGACACAAACCAUUCAACAAAACUUUUGGAGAGGAUAUGUCUGUGUGCGAGGAUUUGACAGGGAAACGAGAUCGCCUCGGCCUCUGUUGGCUAGAUUACACUUCCCAGCUAGCAAGAAGCCUAAGACGCCUAAGAUUCCUAAGACGCCUAAGAAAAAGGACAACACCAAAGAGAAGUCGAACCCAGUAAAUUGAUUUAAACAAAAUAAAAAAUCAGCAAGAAUUGUUUUCCAGCAUUCGGGAGACAAGUGAAGCAUCGAGAGCAAUAAAUAUUAUUCAACAUUCAUCUUGUAUCCUGUGUAUUAUAGCAGAGUCAUUGUCAUGCUAAAGUACUUGGCAAUAUCCUCAGUUUAGGACUAGGACCAAGAGAGUAGAAUGGCACCAAAUUUGCUGUAUAUGACAGUGUAGUUCGAGUUGUAAUAUUUAUCAGAUUUUAACUUCAAUUUCAAUAUCUUAGAUGCAUAUA